AGUAGGAGGGCGACUGUGACAGCUCGACACAAAGCCAGUCACACUGACACGCAGAAAGAAACAGACACACACAGACACACACGGACACACGGAGCCAGCAGACAGAGAGAGAAUGGAACCAAAGCAGAUUAGAGAGGGAUAUCUGGUCAAAAAGGGCACAGUGCUGAACUCCUGGAAGGUGGUUUGGGUGGUGCUGUCAGAGGACGGUGUGGAGUUCUACAAGAGGAAGACAGAUGCAAACUCCAAGGGGAUGAUUCCCUUGAAGGGAGCUACUUUCACCAGCCCCUGCCAGGACUUCAGCAAGAGAGUGCUGGUGUUCAAGAUCCAGACAAGUAAGAACCAGGAUCACUUCUUCCAGGCCACACACCUGGAGGAGAGGGAGGCCUGGGUGAAGGACAUCAAGAGGGCCGUUUCCUGUCUGGAGGGAGGCCGGAAGUUUGCCAGGAAGUCGACGCGGAGGUCUAUCCGUCUGCCUGACACAGUCAACCUCAGUAAACUGUACCUGCUAAUGAAAGACCCAGAUGAUGGAGUGAAGGAGAUGAAACUGGAAAAGGAUAAGAGAAUCUACAAUCACUGCUUUACAGGUGGUACGGUGGUAGACUGGUUGAUCUCCAAGGACAAGGCGAGGAACAGGGCAGAGGCUCUGAUGUUGGCCACGGGACUACUGAACGAGGGCUUUCUACAGCCUGCCGGGGACGUCUCCAAGCAGGGGGCGGUGGGUGGAGCAGAGACCCUCCUCCUGGAUGAAACAGAUGCUCUUUACUACUUUGCAGACAGUGGGUUCUUCUGUGAGGGCUACUCAAGCGAUGAGGAUGGAGUGUUGAAGGAGGAGUUCAGGGGAAACAUUGUCAAACAGGGCUGUUUACUCAAACAGGGUCAUAGGAGAAAAAACUGGAAGGUGAGGAAGUUCAUUCUCAGAGACGACCCAGCCUAUCUCCAUUACUAUGACCCCACCAAGGGGGAUGACGAGCCCCUAGGUUCAAUCCACCUGAGAGCAUCGGUGAUCACAGCGGUAGACCACGUCCCUGAUGCCAAAAGGUACGAGGUGGAUGGGAACCUCUUUGAGGUCAUCACUUCAGACGAGACGCAUUACUUCCUCCAAGCAGCUACAGCAGAGGAGAGGAAAGAGUGGAUCAAAGCCAUGCAUACCGUGUCAAAGACAGGGAAAUGAAGCUUAUCUCCUCAUAUCCUGUGUGGAGUGGCAUAUACCAGAGAGACCCUGGUUUGACAGACAAUCACUCUAAGCUGGUGCAUGAAAGAUCACAGACUCAGGUCUUAUAGAUGCCAGAUUCUAUAAUGUUAUUGUUUCUCAACAUUUUUUUUCAAUCGAAGGGCCAUGCAUUCAUGGCACAAAGAGAGAGAGGAGAGAGGAAACAUGUUUCUAUUGUCAAAGACGGUCACACUCCCUCCACAUACACAAUCUACAAGCAGAGUGUGAAAUUAGGUACAAGGUAUAUGGUUUGUGAGCCUAUCUUUUCUGUUGUGGCUGCUUGUGUAAUUUGUUCUGUUCAUGUUAUGAUCCGGCCUUCACAAUGAGAGAGAAGGCAUUGGGAUGAUUCAGAAGAAUAAUCAAAAGUCCAGACAAUUUCUGUUCCGGAAAGAAAAUGAGAUGUCAAAUCCUGUUUCUGUGUCCUUCUGCAAUGCUGUGGUUUUAGCUUUUUGUCUUGUCAUGAUGGCUUGACACCCAAGACUCAGCACUGUACAAAAUUCCACCAGCAAGUAUUUGUUUUCAGUUAAUACACUGUAUGCAGCACCUGUAAUAUACAGUAUAUCAUUCAAAUAUUUAAACUGUGUAACAUUUUCAAUAUAUCCCAUUCAAUAGA